AUGAGGGGAUAUCGGAUGAUACUGUACUUUUCUUUUGAUUUUUAUUAUGUGCAAGGAUGUCCGUCACUUUAUGAGUCACUAGUUUUUGGUACUAGCACGGAAAUUGCCAGGCAGAUCUGGGUUGGGGGUGGCGUAGUGAGUGGUGGUGGUGGAGGUGGACAGGAGGAUACACGAUUCUAUGUUCUUGUUGUUGACGAUAAUUCUCUUGACAGAAAGAUCAUCGAGAGGCGCCUUAGAGUCUCUUCUAUUCGAGUAACCGCAGUGGAUUCAGGCACCAAGGCUUUAGAAUUAUUGGGUUUGCAAGGAAAUGAAUUGGAGGUGAAUUUGAUAAUCACUGAUUAUUGUAUGCCUGGAAUGACUGGAUAUGAUCUCCUUAGGAAAAUCAAGGAGUCUGAGAAUCUUAAAGAUAUUCCAGUCGUGAUUAUGUCCUCUGAAAAUAUUCCGGAUAGAAUAAAUAGGUGCUUAGAGGAGGGUGCUAAUGAAUUUUUCCUAAAGCCGGUUAGGUCAUCAGAUGUUGAUAAGCUUAAACCACACUUAAUGAGGAGCAAAUCAAGGGACCAAUAUUCACUAGACAACCAGAAAUCAAAUUAUGAGACUCAAGAGGAGAAAAUCAAAGGAUCAAUAUUUAUUGGACAACAAGAUACCAAACUAUGAAGAAGAAGUUUUCUAUUUAGAACAA